GUCCCUUUUUAUUUAUUGGUUGAAGAAUUUGAUACUGCGAUGAAACAUUUAAAUUUCAGUAUGGCAAUUGAUUUUGAAAAACAACGAGAGUUGGAUCACGAUGAAUUAAUUAUAAGUUUAAUUGAAAUAAAAGAGAUUUUGAAAAUUUCUGGUCUCAAUUCUGAAGUUAUUUCAGAAGUCAAUAUAAUGAAGUCGCAGGACACUUCCGUUUUUAAGCCGGUUCAAAUAGACGCAAAAGACUUAACUCCAUGUUCUAUGCGCCCAAAUGAACGAGCUUCAUAUUUGUUCAAAUGA